CGUCGCCCUGCGCGCGCGCGCCCGGCCCUCCCUCCGGUUCUUAUAGCGCCGCGGGCGGCGGUUGGCGGCGGGGACGGCACGGACGGUGGCGACAUGGCGGCUCUGCGGCUCGUGGUGCUGGCGCUGGCGCUGCUGAGGGCCGAGGUCGGCUCCGGGGCAGGGAGCGGGAUCUGGACUUCCGUAGAUGAUAUUGGCUCCAAGACACGGCUUACCUGUACCUUGAAUCACAGCACCACUGAGAUCACCGGCCACCGCUGGGUGAAGGGGGGCAAGGUGCUCAAGGAGGAUGCACUGCCCGACAUGAAGACGGAGUAUGAGGCGGCUGGGCACACAGGCUCACUGAUGCAGGCCUCCGGUCAUGGAGGGGGGACCGGUUCCACAUGCUGUCCCCGCACCUCCUCGUCCCUCCUGACCAGUCCUGGCUCCGGCUCCUGUCGGGUGGACUUGGAUGAGCGCUCUGGGGAGUACUCGUGCAUCUUCCUCCCGGAGCUGGCGGGCACAACCAGAAUCGAGGUGAAGGGGCUCCCCAACAUCAAGGCUGUGAAGAGGUCAGAGCAUGCCACCGAGCGGGAGACGGUCGUGCUGGGCUGCAAGUCGGACUCCUUCCCCCCGGUCAGCGAAUGGGUGUGGUACAAGAUGGAGAGCUCCGGGGACCAGGUCAUCAGCAACACCUCCCAUAGCAAGUACCUGGUGAUAUCCUUGGAGACCAAGACGGAGCUGCACAUCUCGAACCUGGACCUGGAGACAGACCCUGGCAAGUAUGCAUGCAACGGCACCAACUCGGAAGGCACCAGCCAGGCCGUCAUCGUGCUGCGCGUGCGAAACCGCUUUGCCGCCCUCUGGCCCUUCCUGGGCAUCGUGGCCGAGGUGCUGGUGCUGGUCACUGUCAUCUUCAUCUACGAGAAGCGGCGGAAGCCGGACGAGGUCCUGGAUGAUGAGGACACAGGCUCCGCUCCUCUGAAGAGCAGCGGGCACGUGAAUGACAAAGGCAAGAACGUGCGCCAGAGGAACGCCAACUGAGGCGUCCAGCCUCCGUGUGGAGCAGCUCAGCGUCUGGUGUUUGCAGAUCCUCUCAAAGGAGACCCGCCCUACGAAAGCAGACCACACCGUGGGUCAAAUCACAAUGUUUCUUUCCUUUUUUAAACUAAACUAGGGUUUUCUACACAUAGAAUUCUGUUCCUUAGGGGUUUGUUUUUCCUUUUUAAACAUUUUGUGACCGCCUCGGGGGAGCUGUGAGCUUCCUGCGAGACUCCUGUCCUCAGCCCGUCCCCUCAGCUGCCCCUGCCCACCUGACCUCUCGCCGUCUUCCCACUAUCUCCUGCCUGUCCCUCCUGUCCCUUGGGCAUUUAGCCUCCAGCCCGUAGUGGGGGUUUUGAAGGGCAGGUUGGCCUCUUUCUGGGGCUCUACCUCCUGAGACUGCUGGGCCUUGUUGGGACCCUUUGUGGAAGGUCACAGGUCGUGCACGGUGCGAGUGUCCUGCCUGUCUGAAGUCCGUGCUGAUGGGGUGCCUCGGGUCUGUGUCGUGCGUCAGGACAGCUCUGCGCGCAGCUGCUGGUGGGCCCGCGCUGGCCCGCCCUGCCCCUGCCGUCCACACGCCCAGCUGCAGGGGAGUAGUCCGGCGACCACGCUGCAGAACCCCCUCCCCAGCUGCUCCGCAGCAUCCUGACUCACCCACCACCUGCCUGCUCACCAAUAAAGAAAGGCCGACCCGUCUCUUUC